UUGAACUGUGACCGACUUUAUUUUUCCUCUUCAGUUGCCUCCAACGUGACCGUCUGCAACUCAGCCGCAGAGGCUGCGGAGGCUGCUCAUGCCAUCGUAAUCUGUACAGAGUGGGACGAGUUCAAGACCCUAGAUUACCGUGAACUCUACAACCGAAUGCAAAAGCCGGCCUUCCUUUUUGAUGGUCGGUUGAUUGUUGACCACGCGGAGCUGCAAGCUAUUGGAUUCCAAGUAAAGGCAAUCGGCAUCAACCUGCGGGAGCGUGUUCUUUCUCCUCCCUUCUCCCCAUCGAAUCAUUAA